AUGAAGAAGCAGCAAAGUGAGAUGGAUGCGAAGCUCAAGGCGUUGAACUUCAGAUUGAAACGCUGCGAGUCCAUUACAACAAUUGAGUCCGUGAGUCCAUUACAACAAUUCUAAUACAAUUAGUAUUUUAAAAGGUUCGAUUGAAGAAGCCAAAUUCGCGUAGAGCGAAUCCGAUGAAUCAAUAGAACAAUGGUCUACAGAGUUAGAAAAUCAAAUUGCACUGACUGACAAGUGUAGUACGCAGAAACUUGCCGAUUUCGUGAAGACCAUAGAUCAAAGGGCAAAAGAGGUUGAAUUGAAGCAUUCACAGGAACAGACAAUGCAAUUUGAAAAACAAUUAUUAGAGCAAAAGUUAGAGGCCGCACUGAAAGAGAAGAAAAUUGCUGGGAAAACCGCGAGAUUGCCUAAGCUUAGCAUAACUAGAUUUAAUG